GGCUCAAGAGGCCCUAACAUCUAAAAUAUCUAGUAUUUCACAUGGAGGGAAUUAUAUUACGAAUGCUAAUUCUCAAAUGAGUUUACAACAGGUCAUUACAUUAAAAAUUUAGAUGCCGUUUGAGCACACUGAAACAGUAAGAAAGAGAGCGAGAGAUGGAGCAUGCGUUCAUGCAGAUCAGUGAACUCAGAUAAAGUGGAUAGUGUGUACGUGCGAGUGUGUCCUGAAACAGGUUUUCCAACAAUAGUAACUCUCCACCCCAUCCUGGUUGGACUUUAAAAGCCCAGCCUCUCUCCGCAAGGACACUUGUUCGCUCAGGUCUGCCCACCUGUUCUCAUCUGAAACAUCUUCCAUUUUAGCCCUCCGCUGUUCACUUACUCAUUCCUUCUCGAGCCAUGAGUCUAAGAAACAAGCGCAUCAGUUCCAGCAGCUCUGUGAGGAGCAGCGGGAAAAUGGGAGGUUAUGGCUACAGCAGUCUCAGCGGGAUAUCUCUGGGAGCAUCUGCCCCGAGCUUCAGCACCAGCUCAGCCUACCUUGGGACUCCCAUCGCCAGCGUCUCGGUCAACAAGAGCCUGUUGGCGCCCCUCAACCUGGAGAUCGACCCCAACAUCCAGAUGGUGCGCACACAUGAGAAGGACCAGAUCAAAUCACUGAACAACCGCUUCGCCACCUUCAUCGAUAAGGUGCGCUUCCUGGAGCAGCAGAACAAGAUGCUAGAGACAAAAUGGGAUGUUCUGCAGUGUCAGACCCCGGGUCGGUCCAGCGUCGAGCCCAUGUUUGAGGCUUACAUGGCCAACUUGCGCAGACAGUUGGAUGUGGUCAACAACGACAGGACGAAGUUGGACGGAGAACUGCGGAACAUGAAGGGUCUGGUGGAGGACUUCAAACACAAAUAUGAAGACGAGAUCAACAAAAGGAACAACCUGGAGAACGACUUUGUGAUUCUGAAAAAGGAUGUGGACUCGGCGUAUCUGGUGAAAGCUGACUUGGAGGAUAAAGUUGGUACCCUGACUGAUGAGAUCAACUUCCUGAGGACCAUCUACGAAGAGGAGCUGCGUGAGAUGCAGGCCAGCAUUACAGACACGUCCGUCGUCGUGCAGAUGGACAACUCGCGAAGCCUUAACAUGGAUCACAUCGUGGCUGAAGUCAAGGCUCAAUAUGAGGAGAUCGCAGCCAAGAGCCGUGAAGAUGCUGAAUCCUGGUACAAGUCCAAGUUUGAUCAGAUGUCCUCUCAGGCCAUUCAGUACAACGAUCAACUGCGAAACGCUAAAGGGGAGAUCGCAGAUAUCAACCGUAUGAUCAAUCGCUUGCAAAGCGAGCUCGAGGUCAUUAAAUCUCAGCGUGCUAACCUGGAGAACCAGAUCGCGGAGGCUGAGGACCAUGGUGAGAUGACGGUGAAGGAGGCCAAAGGUCGCAUCAAAGACCUGGAGGAGGCGCUGCAGAGAGCCAAGCAGGACAUGGCCCGCCAGCUCCGCGAGUACCAGGAGCUCAUGAAUGUCAAGUUGGCGCUGGAUAUUGAGAUCGCCACCUACAGGAAGCUAUUGGAGGGCGAGGAGGACAGAAUUGGGCAUCAAUCCAUUGUGAACAUCCAGUCUGUCCCCAACUACAGUUCCAAAUCGUCAAAUGGUUAUCAGCAGAGCAGCUCUCCUUCCCCGAAAAUCCUGAUCAAGACUGCUGAAACCAGAAACAACACCAGAUUCAGUACUCACUAAAAGUCUGAAUUACAAUCAAAAUAAUAGAAAAUACUAUACUAUAGCUGUGACAGUUAUCCUUAAGUCAAAAGACCCUAUUUACUUUCUUAUAUAUUCCAGGUCUUAUUGUGCACACCAUUUUGUAAUUUUUUGUCAAGACAAAAUAACUUGCUCUGCCUCUGAAACGACUAAUAGCAAUUUGCUUUGGUAGGCCAAAAAAAAGGAAUAUUCCGGGUUUAAUAGAAGUUAAGCUCAAUCGACAGCUUUUGAGGCAUAAUGUUGAUUACCACUAAAAUUAAUUUCGACUCGUCCCUCAUUUUCUUAAAAAAAAAAAGGCAAAAAUCGAGGUUACAGUGAGGCACACUGGAAGUCAAUGGGGCCAAUUCGUAAACGUUAAAAUAAGUUUCAAAAGUAUAGAUACAAGACGUAAACAAUAUGAGUGUUAACACGUUUUAGUGUAAUAGAAUCGCUUCCUAACCGCAUCUGUGUAGCGCCAUAAACCUUAAAACGACUGUAAAAAAAAAAAAACAGUGAUUUAAAAAAAUUUACAGGUCAAAUAAUUUAGAAGAAUUAAUGUAUGUGCUUUUAUAAAAUUAUAAACUUCACAUUUCUACCUUUAAACCCUCCAAAAAUUGGCCCCAUUGACUUCCAUUUUAAGUGUCUCACUGGAACGUCGAAUUUUGCUUUUUUGUGUGUUAAUACACAUUAUGCCACAGAUUCUGUCAAUUGAGCGUAACUUGUCUUGGAAUAUUCCUUUAAGGCAACUUUUGUAGGUAAUGCAGCCAUCUGAAAAUCUUGCAAACAGUUAACGCAGUAAUUUAGUUCACACUGAUGUAAUAAAGGUUAUGGCAAUAAUAGCAAAUGAAAAUAGAUUUGAAAAAGCAGCAUUACCUUUGGGAUAUGUGGAGAUGUUCUGGAGGGUGAACCUGAUCUUCAGCCUCCACAUCCUUGUUAAGAGAACCUCCUAAAAAAUGGGUGCCGGUGGUGUUUCAGGAGGGGAGUAAUACUCCACAUCAUCAGUAAAAUGGGUUGUUUCAUGUUGGCUUUAAAUGUUGAAGUAGUUUUAUUUUUGUGAAUCAAUGGGUGGAAUCAGAAAUAAAUGUUCUUAAUUAUCGAAGACCUUGUGUCUUUACAACAAAAAUAAAAAUAAUAAUAAUAAUAAUGAAAUUGUGGAAUCAUUUAUUCUACAGAAUGAAAUUAUUUUAUUAUUUUGUCAAUAAGCGUCUUCAAACCACAUUAUGUAAAAAUCUGAUAAUCUCUAAAAUAAUGUACAUAUUUAACCCUUGUGCGUCAAUUUAAAAAAGUUACUCAGAGGUCCCUUAGAGGACAAAAAUGUCUGUCAAAAAACUGCCAUCAUAAUAUUAUAUAUUAAUAUUAUUUUCCAC